GUUCCACAAGAACUGCCGAGAUGGUGUUAGCUGACUUGGGAAGAAAAAUAACCUCGGCGUUGCGAUCACUGAGCAAUGCCACCAUCAUCAAUGAGGAGGUAUAUCAUAUCAGACUUCUUGUUUUUGGUACAACUUUUGGCAAGUCAGUUUUUAUUUUUACUAAAUAGUAGCAACCUAUGUUGCCAAGACAGGUUUCACCCACGCAAGACCGUAUGUAUUCCCCAUAGAUUGUGUACUUUUUCUCUAGGUAUUAAAUGCCAUGCUGAAGGAAGUAUGUGCUGCCCUCCUAGAAGCUGAUGUCAACAUCAAGUUGGUGAAGCAGCUCAGAGAAAAUGUCAAGUGAGCAACAGUAUUCAGGCACACACUGUACUGUAGUAGAUAAAGCUGAAUUCUGUGUUUUAAAACCUUAGAUUCAUAAUGUAUCCCACUAAUGUAAUCCUCUGACCACAGGUCAGCCAUUGACCUGGAGGAGAUGGCCUCUGGGCUGAACAAGAGGAGAAUGAUCCAGCAUUCUGUGUUCAAGGAGCUGGUCAAGGUCUGUCUCAUUCUGACAAUUCUUAAUUCAAUGUUUGUCAUUUAGUGUUGUGUGAAACGGAACAUAUUAGAAUACCUCCAUACAUUAUUAUUAUUAUUGUUGUUAUUAUUAUUAUUGGUUCAAUGAUGGUCCAGUGUGAAGGAACCAAAGGAGUUAAGGUUUGAUAGAAACUUGGGUAGGUGUCUGAUGACUGACAGCUGUUCGUGGGAUUUCCUGGUUAUUUCCAUAGUGGUGGUUUUCAAGUCAUGUGGUCUACCGCUUUUCUGAGUUGUUUUGAAUGAGUCAACUAUAACAUACAGUACCAGUCAAAAGUUUGGACACACCUAUUCAUUCAAGGGUUUUUCUUGAUUUUCUAAUAUAUUUUACAUUGUAGAAUAAUAGUGAAGAUAUCAAAACUAAGAAAUAACACAUGGAAUCAUGUAGUAACAACAAGUGUUAAACAAAUCAAAAUAUAUUUGAGAUUCUUCAAAUAGCCACCCUUUGCCUUGAUGACAGCUUUGCACACUAUUUGCAUUCUCUCAACCAGCUUCAUGAGGUAGUCACCAGGAAUGCAUUUCAAUUAACGGGUCUGCCUUCUUAAAAAGUUAAUUUUUUCCCACAUAUGCUGAGCACUUGUUGGCUGCUUUUCCUUCACUCUGCCGUCCGAAUCAUCCCAAACCAUCUCAAUUGGGUUGAGGUCGGGGGAUUGUGGAGGCCAGGUCAUCUGAUGCAGCACUAAAUCACUCUCCUUCUUGUUAAAAUAGCCCUUACACAGCCUGGAGGUGUGUUGGGUCAUUGUCCUGUUGAAAAACAAAUGAUAGCCCAAACCAGAUGGUAUGGUGUAUCGCUGCAGAAUGCUGUGGUAGCCAUACUGGUUAAGUGUGCCUUGAAUUCUAAAUAAAUCACAGACGGCGUCACCAGCAAAGCACCCCCACACCAUAACACCCCCUCCUCCAUGCUUUACGGUGGGAAAUACACAUGCGGAGAUCAUCCGUUCACCCACACCGCGUCUCACGGCGCUUGGAACCAAAGUCUCUUCUUAUUAUUGGUGUCCUUUAGUAGUGGUUUCUUUACAGUAAUUCGACCAAGACGGCCUGAUUCACACAUUCUGAACAGUUGAUGUUGAGAUGUGUCUGUUACUUGAACUCUGAAGCAUUUAUUUGGGCUGCAAUUUCUGAGGCUGGUACCUCUAAUGAACUUAUCCUUCCAUUCCUGUGGCGGUCCUCAUGAGAGCCAGUUUCAUCAUAGAGCUUGAUGGUUUAUGCAACUGCACUUGAAGAAACUUUCAAAGUUCUUGAAAUGUGCCGGAUUGACUGACCUUCAUGUCUUAAAGUAAUGAUGGACUGUCGUUUCUCUCUGCUUAUUUGAGCUGUUCUUGCCAUGAUAUGGACUUGGUAUUUUACCAAAUAGGGCUAUCUUCUGUAUACCCCCCCCUACCUUGUCACAACACAGCUGGUUGGCUCAAACACAUUAAGAAGGAAAGAAAUUCCACAAAUUAACUUUUUAAGAAGGCACACCCGUUAAUUGAAAUGCAUUCCUGGUGACUACCUCAUGAAGCUGGUUGAGAGAAUGCCAAGAGUGCGCAAAGCUGUCAUCAAGGCAAAGGGUGGCUAUUUGAAGAAUAUAAAAUAUAUUUUGAUUUGUUUAACACUUUUUUUGGUUACUGUGUUAUUUCAUAGUUUUGAAGUCUUCACUAUUAUUCUACAAUGUAGAACAUAGUAAAAAUAAAGAAAAACCCUUGAAUGAGUAGGUGUGUCCAAACUUUUGACUGGUAGUGUAAGUAAUCGGUUUCGGAAAUGUACUGUACAGUCAAACCUGUCAUUCCCCCUCAAACAAUUAGCUUAAUUCAACAAGGGACCCAAAUAGCUGUAUUCUGUAUGUGUUUUGAACGCUUAGCUCAAUACGUCCUUAGUUAGGGCAGGCCUACAAAUAAGAAGGCCUACCCUUGGACAUAAUACUCAACAGAUCAGUUUAUAUUUCUUGUGGGUCACAGAUCAGAUGGCUUGUUAACACUUCUUUUUUUUUUUUUUUAAAGAAGCUUAUGUGGUUGGGAGAGAUGCACCCCUACAUUCUCACUUCACAUCUUACACAAAGAUGCAAUGCUUCUGUGUUAGUCGCAUUUGAUGGGAUUGGAUGGGAGUGUUUGUUUAUUUGUCUAAGAUUUUGCUCUUGUGGUUGUCUCUCAGCUGGUGGAUCCAGGGGUCAAGGCUUGGACACCCACAAAGGGAAAGAAUAAUGUCAUCAUGUUUGUGGGUCUUCAGGGCAGUGGGAAAACCACAACAUGUUCCAAGGUGAGCCAUUCCUGGAUAUUAGCCUAAAGAUAAGGUCAUUCAGGUGGCCAUUUGGCCAAAAUAUAUUAUGCCUUCAAUCCUUUCACUGAUGUACUAUAUUGAAUACCUUUUCCACAGCUGGCGUACUACUACCAAAGAAAAGGGUGGAAAACCUGUUUGAUAUGCGCUGACACUUUUAGAGCUGGUAAAGUUUCAUUUUCUUUGUCUAUUAUUUGUUUGAUAGUCCUUCUCAAAAGAUAGAAAAAUUAGGAAAAUAAAAAAUCUACAACCUUUUGUGUGUGCAGGUGCCUUCGAUCAGUUGAAGCAAAAUGCAACAAAAGCCAGAAUUCCAUUCUAUGGAAGGUAUGACAUGCUUUGCAUUUGGUUGCUUCUCAGCUGUGUGUGAUACAACUCAAGUAAUUUUUGAGUGAUAUUAGAUUUUUAUGCUAAUGCUUGCAUAUACAGUACACUAACUUUGUUAAAUCCACAGUUACACAGAGAUGGACCCUGUCGUCAUAGCUGCUGAAGGUGUGGAAAAGUUUAAGAAUGAGAGCUUUGAAAUAAUUAUUGUUGAUACCAGUGGUCGACACAAGCAAGAAGAUUCCCUUUUUGAGGAGAUGUUGCAGGUUUCCAAUGCAGUGGUAGGUAGCAUUUUGCCCAACUUAUUGUUUCAACCUGCAAACCAUCCAGAGCCCUUCAAUGUCAUCAAUACAGCAAACCCAUGCAAAAUGUAAUCUCUGGGGACAUUUUGAUUUCUCUGCCAGCCUGAGUGUUUGUAUUGUCAUUAUAAAAUGUAUUGCUCCAACGAAAAUGCACUAAUGCGUGGUCUUAUCCCAAGCAUGCUUCUAUUUCCUCAAGCAACCCGACAACAUUGUGUACGUGAUGGAUGCCUCCAUUGGUCAAGCUUGCGAAGCACAGGCUAAGGCCUUCAAAGACAAAGUAGAAGUUGCAUCCGUUAUAGUGACAAAGCUAGAUGGUCACGCCAAAGGUGGUGGUGCUCUCAGUGCGUAAGUAAAUAGUUAUCUUUGCUUAAACAAUUUAUCCAAGUUAUGGUGAACUGAGUUUCCCUUACUACUGAAGAAUUCAUGAACUCAAUGAUAAGCCUGACGUUUAUGUAAUGUUUCGUACUCCUGUUGCCUUUUACAGUGUGGCUGCUACUAAGAGUCCCAUCAUUUUCAUUGGUACUGGAGAACACAUUGAUGACUUGGAGCCAUUUAAGACACAACCCUUCAUCAGCAAGCUACUGGGUAAACAGUGAACCCUUUUGAAUAAAGUGUCAUAAGAGGUCACAUGGCAUGUCGUUGUUUUUAACCCGUUUUGUACAACCUGUAUUGAGUUGUGUGUAUUUUGUCCUCAGGCAUGGGAGACAUUGAAGGUUUGAUAGACAAAGUCAACGAACUCAAGCUGGAUGACAACGAGGAGUUGAUUGACAAGCUGAAACAUGGUGAGAAUGAGAUAAUCAGCUGACAUGUAAUACAGGCCCCAUAUUAUAACUGACAUACAGUAUGCUUAUGCCCUGCAGUCCAUAACAGUUAUACAUUGUCAUGUGGUAUGGUUGUUGGGUCACAUUGUUUUUAAGCUUCUUCUAAUCACCAUUUGUACCACAGGUCAGUUCACUCUCAGAGACAUGUAUGAGCAGUUUCAGAACAUCAUGAAGAUGGGACCAUUUGGCCAGAUCAUGGUAAUUAAACGGCAACCUGAAUACCUA